UUGAGGUUCAAGCUGUUCCUGUUGCUAAACUGUGCGACAGGUAUUAGCUGCUGUUUUUGUUUAUCUAGAGCCACACGAUGAGUUCUUUUGACGCACAGCUCUUUUCUGAAAUUGACAAGCUUCGUGUUCAGCUGUUGAACAACGUCGACGUUAUGACAGAAAACCAACGCAGUGUGGGUGAAAUCAGUCAGGAUGAAAUUUUAACUCACAUUGAAGGCGUAAUCCUGGGAAUAGUGAGCAGUCUGUCCAGAGGUGAAGUCCCUAUCCUGGUACUGCCCAACCGAUCUACUUGGGCCAAUAUCAGUUUUGACAGUGCUGUCGGGCUUCAGAUGAGUUCGGAGCAUUCGGUCACCUCCGUCAGGAGCGACUGUCCUUCAUCCGUUACUAAAUUUGCGCAAAUUCUGAAGAUUCUUUCCGUCAUCUACCGACUCGUGCAGAGCAACUCUUAUGCUACGAAAAGAGACAUAUAUUACAACAACACACAGCUGUUUGGGUCACAGAGAACUGUGGAUAGUAUAAUAGAUGACAUCUCCUGCAUGUUGAAGGUUCCUCGCAGAUCACUACAUGUGUUGGCCACAUCCAAGGGCUUAAUUUCUGGCGACCUGUGUUAUUUGGAGGAGGACGGAACGAGGAUUGACUGCCACCACACCUCGGCGGCUGUUUCAGUUUCCUCAAACAUCGCUGGAAUAAGAAAUAUUGUCUCAUCAGCUAAAUUUAUCAUGAUUAUAGAGAAGGAUGCAACGUUCCAGAGGCUGCUGGAUGAUGACUUCUGCGCGAAGCUCUCUCCUUGCAUCAUCAUCACCGGUAAAGGUGUGCCAGACGUGAACAGCAGACUGAUGGUGAGAAAACUGUGGGACACGCUACGCAUUCCCAUCUUUGCCCUUGUGGAUGCUGACCCUCAUGGCAUUGAGAUCAUGUGUAUCUACAAGUAUGGGUCGGUGGCAAUGUCAUUUGAGGCCCACAGUCUGACCGUCCCGAGCGUUAUGUGGCUUGGCCUUCUCCCCUCUGACCUGCAGAGGUUAAGGGUUCCUGAGGAUUCCCUGAUUCCUCUUACUAAGGGAGAUGAAAGCAAGCUCCACAGUUUGCUAAAGAGGCCGUAUUUAGCCAGCCAACCUGACUGGUGCAAAGAGAUGGAGCUGAUGCAGCAGAGUAAAGUUAAGGCGGAAAUACAGUCCCUGUCCUCCAUAGCUCCUGACUUCCUGACCAACAUCUUCCUGCCCAAUAAGCUUCGAUACGGAGGCUGGGUGUGAGCGCUGUGGUUCCACUAAGAGGAAGAACUGGUGCACUGCUGUACACUAGUUUUCAAAAACGGUUCUGUAUCUAUAACUUGUUCUUAGUGGAUGAUUUAGAAAAUUAUCAUAGCUCAUUUCAUUUCCAUUUUUUUUUAUAUUUUAAAAAUAUUUAUUUUUAUAUAUAUUUUUUAAUAUGGACACAAUAUUAUAUGUGCUUUUAGGGUGUUUUAACUUUUGAGAUAUCUUUGAGAGAAGCCCUGUGAUAGCAUGAUGAUUGACGGCAUAAAAUGUAUUGUUACAUACUGUAAUAAAAAAAAAA